UCGUUCGGACGUGCCCGGAUCGAGCGGAUUCACGCGUGCGAUUGUGCUAACGGUAAAGAAAAUUGGGAAAAUUGUGAAGUUUCCUUGGUGCGUGUCUGUGUGUGCUGGCUGCUUUCGUGUUGUUGUGGUGCGAAUGCAACAAAUAAUAACAAGGAUAUUAAAAAUAGCAAAUAACAAUGCUCAAAUAACUUAGUUAAAAACGGAGUGAAAGCACGUAAAAUUACAAGUAAUUUUUCAACUUAAUUAAAUAGUAAACAACAAAAAUCGGAAAACGCAAUAAUUGGUGGCUAAAAAGGAACUGCCAUUAAAAAACCCCAAAACUUCUAACGACUUUCCUUUUGAUACCCAAAUCCCAGCCAGAGAAAAUAAAACAAGUAAAUAUAUGAAAAUACAACACAGAGAAAGUGGGGCCAUAAGCCCACGAUUUCGGCAAAGGAUAACUUUUGCCGCGUCUCGCGAUUCUUAUUAGAAAAUCCUUUUCGCGCUCAGCUUCCUGACCAACAGAAAAAGUUCUACAUUUUGCACGUCUCAAAGGUUUUUGUGUUUUCUUCAGCUGCUGGGCUACAAACAAAGUAAAAGUUACAGAGAAAGUAUUGUGCAACGUGUGGCAAGUGCGACAAGCUAAACAAAAAAAAAAAAAAAACGAGUGCAACGCAAGUUUAAUUCGAUUUUAGUGUGUAACAAUCAGUGAGAAAAAACCUUAGGAGCAUCCAGAGGAUAAGUCUUACGUGCAGGUGCCUUUUGCGUGAGCGUUUUGUGUGGAAAGAGCAGGAACAUUUCUAAAGUGGAUUAGCAGACACCACUCUUCCACACUGUUUUUGGAUUUUUUAUUGGAUGAGCGUGUCAAAUCCUUCAACUCCUGCUUGCCCAUGAAAUCAUGAUUACGAGAAAAUGCAGAUAAAAAUGUUGACGAUUAUUCACUGGCAGUCUCAACAAAUUUGGGCAGCAUUUUUUGUGACCACUCUCUGCUUAUUGGACAUUCGAGCCGCCUGGGCGAAGAAGCUGAAUGCGAGUCAAGCAUUCGACGACACAUGGAACACAGCAUCUGACUUAGAAAAUGAACUGGAACAACAAAAGCGGGCAAAAAGUCAGAGUGCAGCAGGUGGUGGAGGCAGUGGAGCCGGCCAGUGGUCGUCCUGGUCGGAUUGGUCGACCUGCUCGCGCACCUGCGACGGUGGCAUCAUGCAACAGAUGCGUAGGUGCGGCAACGGCAACACCGGCAGUUGCCGCGGCGAGAGCGCCCGCUAUCGCAUCUGCAACAUGCAGCCGUGUCCGGAGCAGCAGGAUUUCCGCUCCAGCCAAUGUGCCGCCUACAACGAUGUCCCCUACGACGGCACCCUGUACAAGUGGACUCCCCAUUACGAUUACGUCGAACCCUGCGCGCUCACAUGCAGGGGACAUCCGGCGCAUCUCGUCGAAGACAUUUCCCGUGAGACGGGAGGCGGGAAUGCCGAGGAGGCGGAGCACUACGAUGAGCAGAGCGUCAUUGUGCAACUGUCGGCAAGGGUCCAAGAUGGAACCCGCUGUCGCUCCGGCAGCCUGGAUAUGUGCAUCCAAGGAAAAUGUCAGCGCGUUGGCUGCGAUUUAAAAAUCGGCUCGACAAAGAAAAUCGACGGUUGCGGAGUGUGCGGCGGCGAUGGCAAUUCUUGCUCCCAACCACUUUAUUACUGGGAGAUGGCACCGAUGUCGCAGUGCUCCGCCACCUGCGGCGGUGGUUACAAAAUGGCUCGUCCUUUAUGCAGGAAUCGUCUAACCAACGCCGAUGUCGAUGAUACGCUCUGCAGCCUUACUAAUCGACCGGAGGCGUCGGUGGAGCAAUGUAAUACACACAGCUGUCCUCCGCGCUGGAUAACCGACGAUUGGAGCACUUGCAGCCGGCUAUGUGGCCACGGCUACCGUGAGCGGAUGGUAGUCUGUGCCGAGGAGUCGAACGCCAUCAAAACGAGGGUUGCCGAUAUCAUGUGCCGCACACCCAAGCCGGCAACACAAGAGACCUGCAUUAUAGAGGAGUGUCCGCAUUGGGAGGUCGAGGAUUGGACCGGCUGCUCGGUUUCCUGCGGACAGGGAAUACAAAUGCGAGGCGUCGAGUGCAAAUCGACAGACGGCAGCCUGAGUGCCAAAUGUGAUCCACUCACCAAGCCGGGCAGCAUGCAGCAGUGCUCCACUGGCAUCCACUGCGGCGGAGGCGGUGGGUCAGCGAACAAAGGUGUUGGCACCAUCAUCGUGGGCAGCAGCCGGUCGCUGAACGAGCGGUCGGAGCGACAGAUGGACAGCUCGGAUGUGGAUGACGACGACGAUGACGAGGACGUGGAUGAUGAGGCCGAAGAUAUCGAUGACCUGGAAUCAGGCCAGGAUACCGAUGACGGCGAGGGCUUGUCCUAUGCCGAUCAACCCUUGCGCUAUGCCCAUCGCACGCAGAGCCGGCUGCAGCAGGAAGCCCCAGAUGAGCCGCGCACCAUGCUGCUGAUGAACGGAAAUUCGAAUAAUAAAUAUAACCGAGGAAAUGGCGGAUCAGAUGUACCCUCAAUGGAUCCCACCUUCAUCAAGGAUACUGACUGGUCUCCAUGCAGCGUGACCUGCGGCGAAGGCGUCCGUCGACGUUCCUACAACUGCAAGAUAUUCCUGGAGUACUCUCGGACGGUGGCCACCGUGAAUGAUUCGCUGUGUGAGGGCAAAAAGCCACAUGACGAGGUGGAGCGAUGUGUGGAGGAUCCGUGCAUGCUGCCCUCGCACGGCUUCGACGACCAGUAUCCCCGGGACUCCAUCAAAGUGGGAGUCUCGGAGCCAGGGAAGACGUACGUCUGGCGGGAACAGGGCUACACUUCCUGCAGUGCCUCCUGCCUGGGAGGUGUGGAGGAGCUGAUCAUCAACUGCGUGCGGGAGGAUAAUGGUAGGGUGGUGUCGCCCUUCCUCUGCGCCCCGGAGACCAAGCCGGAGGCGAGGGUUCGCACCUGCAACGACCGUCCCUGCCCGCCCAGGUGGAACUAUUCGGACUACACGCCCUGCUCCAAGAGCUGCGGCAUUGGCAUCAAGACGCGCGAGGUGCAGUGCAUCCACGAGGUAACCCGUGGAGGGGACAACACAAUGGUGGUGCCGAACAGCAUGUGCCCACAGCCGCCGCCCGCAGAUCGCCAGUACUGCAACGUGCUCGAUUGCCCCGUUCGGUGGGAGGUGGGUGAGUGGGCCAAGUGCUCCCACACCUGCGGCUACGGGUUCAAGGAUCGCAAGGUGGAGUGCAAGCAGAUAAUGGCCCAGGAGCACAAGAUCGAGCGACCCGAGUCGAUGUGUCCGAGUGCCAAGCCGGCGGACAAAAAACCCUGCAACGUUAAGCCCUGUCCGCCAGAGGAUCCUAAGCCGGUCAUCCAGAUAAACAACUCGACACACAUCCAGCACGACCCCAAGAAAACCAAGAUCACGCUCAAAGUUGGCGGUGCGGGGGUCGUUUUCUUCGGCACUCAGGUCAAGAUCAAGUGCCCCGUGAAGCGGUACAAUCGCACCAAAAUCAAGUGGAGUAAGGACCACAAGCCGCUGCAGCGUUCGCGCAAGUUCAAAGUGUCGAAGAAGGGUGCCCUGCGUAUACUUGAUAUCACGUUCCGCGAUGCCGGAGUCUACUCCUGCCACGCCGGACUCAGCUCCGCGGAAAUAAGCAUCGAGGUGAAGGCCAAGCCGGGCCAGCAGGCCGAGGAGCUAGAGCGCCAGGAGGCAGAUCGCUUGGUGCGGGAGCGAAGCGGCACGGAGGCUCUCACCUCUGCGGACAUGACGUCAUCGGGUGCAGCAGGCUCUUCCGGUGGACCUGGAACUGAUGGACCCGCUAAUGGGUCUACGCAGCAGCAGGGCACACGUCGCAGACAGCAGCAGUCGGAGCGCUUGCAGAACGGCAGGGAGCGGAACCGGAGACCCAAGUCGGACGGAGUUCAGCAUGCGGAUAGCAGCAUUAUGGAGGACGAUCAUUCGCAAUUAGUGCAAUCCCAGGACAGGGUUCCACAGCCGGCGAGCGCCAGCAGCGGGAGUAGUCGCACCAGGACUCUGCUGGCCAUGCCAUAUUUCCAGGCUCUGCUCAGCAAUCUCCAGUUGCUAUGGCCGCUGCAGCGUUUCAAGGACUCGCGUGGCCAGCACAUACUGCAAGGCGAGGCGCUUAAGUACGGCCUCGAUUUGGAAGGCCCCCACUUUGAGCAGGACGAGCCGAUGCGUGUGCUGACCAAGGAGCUGCACACCGAGGCAGGACUCAUGCGCACCGAUUCCCGCCCAGAGUCAGAGGGACGGGCGGAAGCCGAGGUGGAAGACAUCAUGCCCCACAUGCCGCACGCUCGAUGGGAAACUGCAGCGGCUGCCACGACGACGGCGGUGCCGAUCCUCGAGAACGGUGGCUUCGUCUACAAAUGGCUCCUGGGCGAGUGGUCCAAGUGCUCCCAGGAAUGUGGAGCAGCUGGCAGCGGAUUGCAGCGGCGCACGGUGGGCUGCCAGCGAUUGCCAGAUGCCAGGAGCUCCAACAGCAGCAUUGGCGACACCGAAAACCAUGUCGUGGAUAAUUCAGAGUGCACCGCCCACGGCCUGGAGCUGCCCGACUCGUUCCAGAGCUGCGGCAACGAGGCCUGUCCGCAGUGGAGCAAGGCCGAGUGGACGCCCUGCCAGCGGUCCCGCUGCCACGGCAGGAAUACGGCCGUGCAGCGCCGCGAGGUGACUUGCCGCUACGACAACGGCACACUGGGAAGUGCGUGCGACGAGUACGAGCGUCCGUCGAUGCGGCAGGACUGCUACAACGAACGCUGCAAGGGUGUUUGGCGCGUGGAGUCCUGGUCCGAGUGCAAUGCGCCGUGCGGCCGUCAGGGCAUCAAGUACCGCAUCCUGCAGUGCGUAUGGUAUGGCAGUCGUCGGCCAGCGGGCAACGUGUGCAAGCACCAGCCCCGCCCAGCGGUUAUGAAGGUCUGCAAAAGUCCGCCAUGCCAGGCCAACGUCUUCCUCGGCCUCGCUGCACUGUCGCGAUUCCUCGCGCUAUUGCCGCAACGCCCGUGCCAUGGGCCUGUGUCGACUGCAUCGCUACAAGGAGAAGUGCUGCGGAUCCUGCCAGCAGCCUCAGCAGCAGCCCAAUCAAUAUAUAUUCCAUUAGCUCCGCUGCGGCCUACCAAAUGAGCUAGAAAUUUACGAAUUCUGCAAGCAAUUACUCUAAGUACCGUAAAUCUAACGAACUAUAGAAAGAUAUAAAGUUAAACUUAUCCUUAUGUAUGUAUUGCCAGCCAUACCCGCACUAACGUGAAUUCACUUUGAAUUUGUAUGGAGUCGAGGGAAUACACUAGUUAAAUAUAUUUGUUGGAUUUAACGAAAAUGAAGGGGAUUCAUUUAAGUUGCAAAUGUAGUAAAACUGUAAGUUUACUUGACAAAACAGCGAAAGGCCCUUUUCUAAACUCUCUUGCUUGAAUUUGCCUAAAAAGAGACAUAAUAUUUUUGGUAUUGCUUGACAUUAAUAAGUUUGGCCACAACGUUGGGGAUCCGUAUUAAAUACCUUUUUUGUUUUUAUAAUAUAGGCACCGAUUUAUUAAGCGCAAGAAUGUCGCUCCCAAAAGCUUUCGUGCACUCAUAUAAAAAAGACAAUCCAACAAUUAUCACAACACCACUUUAUCGCUGAAGAAAAGCCUUGUAAUAAAUUUAAAUUGUAUACACCAAAAAUAUGGCAACAAGAUCUACCCGCCAUCUCUUAAGCAUCUUAUGACACUAUUCUUGACAUUACCUCGAACUCAAAUCCUAUUUUGUAUUAUGUUUCUAGCACUUAAGCUAAAUUUGUAAACACUACAGAAACAGAUUUCUAUGUAAGCCUGGAAAAUGUCAUUUGUGGAAGUCCUUGUUAGCACUGCAUGCAGUUUUACACAUUUUAAACUUUUACAACUUAAAUGAAAACCUAAGUAUAAUUUAUAAACAUUUUCCGAAACCAUAAAGUGUGAAUAAAAUGAAUUUUGGAUCAAGAAAACAUGAAUAUUAAGAUCUGUCUAAGGCAGGAUCUCCCUUCCUAAUUAACCGACAAACAACAGACCGCAAUGUUUUUCAACGGAUUUGGUCGUGUAAGCAUUUCAAUGGCAAAAGCUUUGCUUUAAGCAAAUAAAUCCUUUAUACAUUAUUGACCCUGAAGUACUACAAAUUUCAGCAGCAUGCGUUAAACUGGUGACUAGUUUAAAUUUUCACUAUGCUCCAAAAUAUUUACGUUUAAUGCUUGUCAAAUAUUUCAGAGUCAAAAAUAAAACCAAAAAAAAUGGUCACUACAAGAAAAAUUAAAAUUUAGGGUAAAUUAAACUAGCCAAUUAUGGAAGUAAGGGUUUGGGAGUGUAAUCACUAAGUAUGAUUUUGAUUUAUUGCUGACUCAAAGGGCCUCCCAGCAGUUGAAUUGUUUUAGCAAAUAUCUCCGACUAGCAUUAAUCUUAAAUUUAGCAACUGAAAUCACAAAGCCCAUUAAGCUUGAAUUUAAUUGAGAAGAGCAGCAUGACAAAAAAAAACCGCACUGUUACCUUAUGUGAACAAAAACAGAAUAUUAAUAUGUAAAUAUGGCAGAAGAAAGAUAUAUAGGUAACCAUUUCGAGAAGCACCUUUGACUAUUCCAUCGUCAAUUUAUAGCACAGAAUUUUACUUUCGUAAGGAAAUUGUAAAUAAAUCGAAAUUGACUCUAAAACAACAUUUCAUUUAAAGGCCAACCAUGUAAUUAAAUGAAAAGAAAACUAUGUGGAAUAAAUGUGUACGCCUUUUUGUAA